AUGGAGCGUAGUAUUUGUUUUAUCAUCGUUUUGUUCGUGUGUAGCGUUGCAUCGCGACAUUUGGUGCUUCAAGAACAGAUCAUUGUCCCUCAAAGUAUGGACAGGGCUGAAGUUAUUAUGGAGAAUAUGUUCGAUGAAGAUUCACCGGUGAGCAAUGGAGGUUGUCCGCCAGGUUUGCAGCUGGAUAUCUCCGGGACCUGUCGUGAAGUCUGGUACGAAGACUGGUGA